GAAGAUGGCGGAGGCUGCGGGCGGGUCGCGGGUACGCGGCGGCCUCUCCCGCCCCGGCGGCCUCCGGCGCCCCGGGAGGCUCGACGGGAGCCGGGACGGAUGGCCCGCCCUGUCCCGCGGCGCGGCGCGGCGCCUCCGGGCCUCCCGCACCCGCGAGGGGAAGCGGCGAAGUUUGCCCGUCCUUCGGGUACUUGGAGGGUGGAGCCGGCCGCGGGUCAGCAGAUGCCGGCACGCCGCGGCGCGCUCCCCACCUGGCUUCGGGAGAAUGGAACAGCCCAGGGCGCGUCUUAACCUGAAUCCCUUUUUAUCUCUGCCGUGCGGUUGGUUCUGUGAGGCUCAUGGAUCCUCAGCAGUGAAACACCUUGACAGGACUAGAAAUGGCGCGGUUGAGAAACCGUGACACCUCGUUUUUACGCACGAGGUCUGACUACCCAUUCAUUCUUCAUCGGAAAUGCACUAUUAGGCUUUUUCAUGAGAGCGAGAAAGCGAGAGGAACGAAGCCUGGCGUGAUGGUUUACGACCGUACUUCCUAAACGCAGGCAGGAGGGUUGCUCCGAGUUCGAAGGCAGCCUGAGCUAUUUGCCCAGUGUCGAAAGAAAUGGGAGCCAAAAGUGGGAAACAGUGAAAGGGACAUCCAGCUUAAGUUUGGUAUUGCAUUAAGAACUAA